CGCAGCUGCAGGGGCGCCCGGGCCGGGAGACGACAGCAACGCCGCCGCCCCGACUUGACCCCACCGGCCGCAUGGAGUCCCCCGAGGGCGCCCAUCCCGGAGAAACAGUUAAGGAGGUGGAGGUGUUGCCAGCUCCCUUAGGUACCUCAGUCCCUGCACAAGGUGGCAGCUGUCAUUCGCCCGUGGCCGAGGAGGAGGUGGGCAUGCUGACGCCCGCACCAGGACUCCUGCACAUCACAGAGAGGCGACAGCCCCUGAGCAGCGUCUCUUCCCUGGAGGUACACUUUGACCUCCUGGACCUCACCGAGCUGACCGACAUGUCUGACCAGGAACUGGCUGAGGUCUUUGCCGACUCGGAUGAUGAGAGCAGCGAGUUGCCGGCAGGUUUGCAGCCCUUGCCCCGGGCCACCUGUCUGCACUCCCCUUCCUGGACGCGCACCAGGGGUGAACAGAGAUGUGAGCAGCUCCUCAGUGACCCCGAGCAGCAGCCGGCAAUGGUGGACACACUUCUCACCAUGGAGAAACCCCAGGACUAGGCUGAGGCCCCAGCCCUGUGGCCCUGCACACCCCACCUGCCUCAGCAGCUCCAGGCUGGAGGCUCUUGCCUAGCAUGAGCAUAGACAAUGCUCUCAUGUCUGGGGGCCCUGCAUCGGAGCCAGCCAUGCCCGGAGAUGAAAUGGGAGUUGUCUGGGUCUUCUAGACACUUCUGUCUGCAGGACUGUCACAUGAUCUCUACAGGUCCAGGGGCAACACCGGGCUCUACUUUCCAACUGUCACCUGGAUUUCAGUCCUGUCCCCUUCCUGACACUGAGCACUGACAAACUGGCUGGGAGCCUGCUGAGUCCAGUAGUUGAGAGGAAUGCCUGACUGCUUUCUCACUGCUGGGCAGAGAGAGAGGCAGCUAGGCCCAUCUGCCGUCCAUGGCCACCCAGGACAUACAAGCACACCAGCAGCACACCCAGCCUGGAGGUAUGGGGUGAAGGGACACUGCCACAGGCUUAGACACAUUGGACUGAACUGUAUCUAGUGUUGCUUAAUACAAGCUAAGUAACCGGACUCUGGUCUGCUGAGCAGAAGGAGUUUAAAAUAGAAUCACAAACUGGU